UUGGCAUAACGGGCAAACACGGAAGUACACGUGCCGUACGAGCGGGGGCUGCGGGCGCGCGGGCGCCCCCCCAAAGCUCCAUGGAUUCCCUCCUCUUCCUCUGCGCCCGCCGUGUCGUCGCCCAUCGCCCUCUUCCCGCCCUUCCCGCCGAUCUCCACCCCGUCCUCUUCCAAGCGGCGUUCCUGGAUGGAAGACCCCUGGUCCUGCGGGAUUUGGUGGCCGCUUGGCCUUUCCCGGUGCUCAACUUCCAGCGGCUCGUGGGGCGCCGGGAGCUGCUCCGCGACCAUCCCUGCAAGCUCUGCGUCCAGGCCGUCAUCCUGGCCGUGGUGGCGCAGCUCCGGCGGCAGCUGGAAGAGCCCGGACACGACGCCAGCCUGCGCGUGCUGGACCUGACCGGACUCCCGGACUCCACGUCCGGCCGCGCUCCGGACGGGAUGAGCGUCUGGUCCGGCACGGUGGCUUUGGCCAAGGCUUGCGUGGAGGUGUCCAAGCACCAGCGGGAAUUCCAGAGGCGCGGAUCCAAGCGGCACAAAGGCCGCUCCGGAGCCGCCACGGCCGCGGCCGCUCCGCAGCCCCCGGGCGUGGACGUCCACGCCGACCUGUUCGUCAACGGAACGUCCUACGGGAUCCUGCGCGACGCGCUCCAGACCGGAGCCGCCGGCCCGCUGCGCCUCAAGUGCCGCGAAUUCCAAGCGGAGGAACUCUCGGCGUCCGGGAUCGUGGCUCUGUUGGAAUCCUUGGAUCCGUCCUUCGUGCGGAGGGUCGACCUCCGAUUCAACAACUUGGGAUUGACCGGGCUCUCGGUGAUCCUGCCGCACCUCUCGCGCUUCCCGGAGCUGCGCAGCCUCAAGCUCCAGUACAGCAACGUGGACGUGCGGCGCCCGACGCCGGAAUCGGCCAUCGGAAUCCGCUGCCUGGCCGGGCAGCUGGGAAUGCUGCCCAGCCUCCGCGAGCUCAACCUGGGAUCCUCCCGGCUCUCCGGGAAUCUGCGCCAGAUCCUCUGCGACCUCCAGGCUCCGUUGGAAAGCUUGGAAUUGGCCUUCUGCUCCCUGGUUCCCGCCGACCUCGCCUUCCUCUCCCAAAGCUUCCACGCUCCGGCCCUCAAAAGGUUGGAUCUGAGCGGCCACGACUUCUCCCAAGGCCUCCUGGAGCCGCUCCGGCUGCUCCUGGAGGAAACCUCGGCCUCGCUGCUGCACCUGGAUCUCAUGGAAUGCCGCAUGGCCGACUCCCACCUGGACGCGCUGCUGCCCACGCUGCGGCGCUGCUCCCGCCUGCGCUUCCUGGGACUCUACGGCAAUUCCCUGUCCACGGCCGCGCUCAAGGAUCUGCUCCAGAAAACCUUGGAGCUGCCCGACCUCCACCUGGUGGUGUAUCCCUUCCCCGUGGAUUGCUACAAGCCGGAGCCGCCCUCGGAAUCCGCUUGGAAUUUUGAGGAACCCGUGGACGAGGAACUUCUGGCGGCGGCCGACGCCGAGUUUUCCCAACUUUUGGCCGAUUCUGGGAGAACCGACCUCGUCUGGACUUCCAACCCCUACGGCCACCAAACCUUGGACUUCUUCUCCUUGUGAUUCGGGAAAAGCGCCGCCGCCUCCUUCCCGAAAUCCCAGAGUUUUCCGCCCCAUCCCGGUGUUUUUCCGCCUCAUCCCGGUGUUUUUUCCCUGAAUUUCGGUGCUUUUCUGCCUGGUUUUUAUGGUUUUCCUCCUCAUCCUGAUGUUUCGUGUCCUGUUUUAGGAUUUCUCCUCCCCAUCCCCGUGUUUUUCCCCCUCAUCCCGAUAUUUUGCCCAUUUUGGUGCUUUCCCGCCCCAACCCCAAAGUUUUUUCCCGGAACUUUUAUUGCCACAUCCGGAGGGAAGAAGCCUCUGAGUGCCUUCCAUUCCCGUGGGACAAUAUUAAUUAUGAAAUAAAUAUUAAUUAAUUAUU